AUGUACUAUAUCCUCUACCUUGCGAGCCUCUGCCGCCGCCGCCGCUGGCCCGAACCGCGGUACGAGAUCUCCGCCCUGAGCACCGGGUACUCCUGCACGGUGCGGGUCAACAACCGCGAGUACACGACGGACGAGGAGUGCGGCAGCGAGACGCUGGCCCGCGAGAACGCCGCCAUGCGCGCGUACCUGAUCUGCCGCAACUUCUCCGUCAACGACGGCAUGUACCCGGCCGGCCACGACCACGGCGCCGUGCUCCAGGGCCUGCCGGUGGCCAUUGGCACCGGGCGCAAGGGGCGCUACAGCGGGAGCGAGGAGGGGGAGCUCUCGACGAGUGCGAGUAGCGGUGCGAGUCGGAGUGGAGGGAGUAGUCCGGAGAGUUAUGAGGGGGGGUUGGCGAGGGCGUCGAGGGUUGUUGCGAUGUCGCGUUAG